UGGGCAGGUAAACAGGAAACGUUCCUCCUUCCUCGGUUUAAAUGUUGGAGCUUGUGUGCCCAAGCUACUAAUCCGCUAGAAGUGUGUGAACGUUUAAAUUAACUAUUCUAUUGAAAAUGGUGAAGCACGAGUCGUAACAGGAGUUUUUUUACAUCACCAUUGGAGACGAGAUGCCUCAUCAAAUUGAUGCUAAAGUAGCUAGCUAACUGCUACUGUAAUGGUAAACAAACCAACAAUGGCUACAAAUCCAAAAGGGAAACCAACUAAAAGCUCAUUUGGUGAUGGAGAUAUCCUCGAAAGCUCAUUUGAUGGUGGCAAACUCCCACCAAGAAGAAAGUCAGGACGUGGUGGAUUACGAAAUAGCACAUCUGACAUUGAAAACAUCUUCAGUAUUCUAGACGAUGUAAAUUUGGAUGAAGACAUUGAGGGCCCAGAAAUGAAUGCUGCAUCAAAGAAAACUUCUCAUUCAACUUCUGCAGAAACAAAAAAACUAUCUGAUAAUAAAAAGUCCUUGCCAGAACCAGAUAUACUAGCGAGUGAUAUGAAACCAAGGGAAGCAGAUGAAAUUUCCACAGGAGGGACGAAGAUAGAUGCAUCUUCAGCACGUAACAAGAAGUUCAGCUUCCUUGACCUCGAUGACCAGGAUGAUAUAGAUGACCUGUUGGAUAGUUUAUCGCAAACCACAAAAAAGACGCCAUCCAAAUCCAAUUCACUGCCAACCAAACCUGAAAAAUCGACACCUCCACAUUCUGCAUCUCUCGGCCAAAAAAGAGAAACAACCAGUGCAGCAAAGAAACUAAAUGAACUCGUGUUUGAUGACGAGAAAGAUGAUUUAAUUGACGAACUUGGCCUGGAUUAUGAAAUUCCCAAGAAAAAAGAAAAUGUGCUUUUUACCAACAGGGAAAGUGACCAACCACAGAGAGCUCGCACCAGACUCGAUGAGAUUUUAGAGAACUGUAAUUCUCAACGUCCAGAAUGGCCACCACCAGGCGGGAAGAAGGACCAGUCUUCAUCUCGGGAGAAAAACUACAAAGAGGUCCUUUUAGAUGAUGACCUCACAUUUGGGUCAUAUCAGCCCACAGUGGGAGACAACGCUUCAGGGCCACAGUCCCGUCGGCAGUCUAUCAGAUUCCCCACGGAGGAGGUCAGUGCUUCUUCCCCGGAAAAAAAGCCCCCUAUUCCCCCAACCUCCACUCGAGCCCGCAACCCAGCUGACUGGCUCUGUCUCAGUCCAAACGAUGAAGACAAUGUUAAAGAGAAGAAGACCUCCACAGAAUCUCCAAAAUCUCCUCCUUCUCCUUUAUUGGAGAGAAAGCACUCACUGUCUGGAGAGCAGAAUCCAAAAAUAGAAGUGAAUGCCUCAGUUUUGACUGACAGCAAAGCAGGAAAGCCCGAGGUGAUCAAAAACCAGAAGAAAGUGGAUGAAGAUGAUGACUGGUUAGUAGGAGCUCUGAGCAGGAAGAAGUCUUUCUCUGGAUCAAACUUUGAUGCCAAAAUCUUAACUCAGGAGCAAAAUUUAGGCCUUGGAGAAGAAGUGGAUCUGGAGUCACUUGUUAGUAAGGAAGCCACCUCACAAGGUCGGAGAGGCAGAAAUAACACCCCUGGGAAACAAUUGUCAUCCUCCAUGGAUCCUGGAAUUCCUGUCAACUCUUCACUUGGACAACCAAGCCUUGCUGCACAACAUGCCCCUGAAAAAGAAGAGAAGACCAAGGAAGUGCUCCCGCAGCCAGACCUUAAGACAAACUCAUCAGCUGCUCUCCAGCAACAGGUGCCAUUUUCCACCGACAGCCUGCAGCAACUCUUACUACAACAACAGAUGAUGCAGUCACAGUUAUUGGGGCGUCGGGGUGUUUUGGAUGCUGGGGCAGUGCAAAAAGUCGACGAGCACAAACAUGGUGAUGGAGAGGAUUUACAAGCACGCAUCAUACAGCUGGAGGCACAGGCGAAGAUGCUGCAACUGGAGCGAGACCACAGCCAGAUGUUGCUAGAAAGUAUCCAGCAGCGACAUAAACAGGACAUGGAACUCAUGGAAAACGCACACAAGACUCGCGUCAAGCUUCUCGAGGAAUCUGCAAUUCAGAGGGAGAUGCGGAUGCGGAAGGAGAGCGAAGAUCUCAUCGAACGCAUGGCUGCGCUAACACAAACGUCUGAGAAGGAGCGCUCAGAGCUGCAGGCUCACUACCAAAGAAAACUGGCCCAGUUCCAGCAAGACCAAGAUCGUGACAUAGAGAGACUCCGGGAUUUGCAAAGAAAAUCCAUCACGGAGAUGAAGAAAGACCACGAAGACCAUAUUAACAGACUGAAAAGGCUGAAAGAAGAAGAGGUUGACGCAGUAACAAGUGCAACAUCUGAGACCAGGUCUCUAACGCUCGUAAUAGAGAAGAUGGAACAGUUUUCUUUUCGGCUUGGAGAUCUCUCCAGUUUGGUCGAGAGCAGACAUGAACACACAACCCAUGGUUUGGAGCAGGGGGCGCGGCACAGAGACGAGCAGCUCCGAAGUAUGUGCCGCACACCCACACGGAUCGACAUUCACAAGUGGACAAGGUCGAUUCAUCCUCCAAUGUUUCCCUCAGUCAUGCAGGAUCGUUUGGCUCAGCAAGAGAAAAUAAUGACGGAGGAAAAAGCUUACCUGAAGGAAAUCAUCUCGAGGAUGGACACUCAGAUUAAUGAACAACAGAGACAAAUUGAGAAGGAUCGCUGGAAGAUGACAGGAGAGCAAGCCAAGGUAGAGUCCUCCCUGAAAAGCCUGGAAGAAGAACGACGUGCCCUGACCAUGCAGAUGACCAUGGAGAGAGAAGAGCUGGAAAGAGCUAAGCAUGCGUUAUUGGAGGAGCAGAAGGCAGUGAUGCAGCAUUGCGCAGAGGAGAGAAGAAAGCUGGCAGCCGAGUGGAACGUCUUUCACGCUCAGGAAAAGCAGCGUCGAGAAAAGGCCGAACAGGACGUCAGCACUUUACUGGAGAGAAGAGAGGGCUCCAUUAUGAGUCUUGCGCAGGACCAAGCUGAUUUGAAGCUUCGCGGCGGAGAGCUGAAACUAAAAGAGACGGCUGUGGCACAGGAGAGAGAGGUUUUGGAAAAACUGAAAGGAGAACUAGAGCAAGAAAAGGAGAGGAUAAGCACCACGGCCCUUAGGCUCAAAAUCCGAGCGCAGGAAGUUGAUGCCUUCAGCAAGCUGGCAGCAGAAAAGUAUGAAGAAGGAGAGCAAGCAUUGCGGGAAGCCAAACGUGUGGAGUCUGAACACCAGGCAAGGCUGAGAACCAUUCAUUCCCAGAUUGAGAGACUGAGGCAGCUCGAACAACGUGCUCUUCAGGAGCGAAUAAGGAUCAACCCUCAGGAAACAACGGAGAAGUCUAAAUCAGACCCUCCGAGUGGCUCUUUGACACAAACCACUCCCACUCUACCAGAUCUGGGUUCUGCAAUGCCGGAGUCAACGUUAACUACCAAUCAGAUUGUACCCAAUUCUCAAUCUGUGGCACUCCAGGCAAAUUUGGCUAUAUGGAAGUACAAUGCACGAAAGGAGCAUGACUACCUCCAAGAGCAGCAAAUCUUCCUUGAAAACUUGAAGAAAAAGUCAAACAGACUGAAGUCAUAGUGGGCUACAGCAUUAUAAUUCAGGAUUGCUUUACAUUUGUAUUUUUAUAGAUUUACAAAUAAAUCAAAUAGAAAUGUU